CAUCUGUUUUCAAGGCUUCCAAUGAGCUGGCCACCAAGAAGUCAGAACUUUCAGUAAACGCCACGCUGUCGAGCUGGGCCCAGGAAGUCACGCACCGAAGGCCACGGAAAUCCCCGUCCGGGGCUGCCACGGCGGGUUGACAAAGGACACAAACCUCUACCACUUGUAGUUUUUUUCUCAGUUUCUUCUGUAAACCAAAACAUCUCAAAAUGGAGGCCUAAAACCCUUAAAAGGGACGUAGCCUAACCUUGGGAGGUAGUUUUGUGCAUGGACAGACAAAUUAAUUUCUAAGUGGACUUUUGGGACUGUUGUUCAAAGAUGCUCAUUUAAAGCAUGUGGUCUAAUUCUCUGAGGUGUGCUUUUUAUGAUUUGGUUGUGAAUUUGACUCCCAGAAGGGAAGGAGUUCUGUGGUGGGUGCAGUGUUGAAGUUGCCUGGCCCACUGGCUGGCAUUUUUAAAAAAGUGCCUCUGUUCAAGAUCCAAGCACAGUGCCGGUUAUCCAGAGGAAGUGAGUCAUCAGGCUUACUCGGGAGUAGAGAAGUGUGCUCAUGAGGUCGCUGACAUGCCGAGAGAUGGCGACAAUGGCAGAGAAGAAACAGGAGGAAAAUGUUCUGGGACACAGCAAGUACAGAGGAAGUGAGACAGACAUUACUUGAGAGCUGAGAAACUGUCCACCCACAAGGCCGUUGGCAUUUUAAAGCUCUGCUCUGCAGGUCUUGUAGAUAGACUGCGCCUGAGAACAGCGGCAGCUGCGUUGUUCUGAUAAAUGAAGCAGUUUAUUCAGAAGGAAAUGUCCUAGAACGACCGAGUUUUCAUAACCCUGUGGAGGGGCAGUGAGGUCAGACAGAGCCUCCUGAAGGAGGCUCCUGGUGACAGCUGUGCAGAUGAUGAAUUGCUGUCCGUGUAGAGAACCUGCCUUUCUGGGAACUGCAGGAAGCCAUACCGGCCAGUGGCAGCAAAGCCCUGGGCCGUGACAUAAGACGGAUUUGCUAAUGUCUAGUAAACCUUAUGUGAGAAAUUCCCAAUUUGAAGGUCUCUGCUGUUCAGAUGGUAGUAGAAUUUUUUGUGUCUUGAUAAGUAUGUGCUCAGUGAACACUCUGUGAGAUAAUUUCUGACCAAAACUAAAAAUUUCUGUUACAAGCUUGUAGUGGUGGUGCACACCUUUAACCCCAGCACCCAGGAGGCAGAGGCAGGCCAAUCUCUGAGUCCGAGGCCAGCCUGGUCUACAGAGUGUUAUGAUAUCAGAAUAUUAACACACAGUGAGUUCUAAGACAGCCAAGGUUACACAGAGAAACUUUGUCUCAAAAAAAAAAAAGACAAAGAAGGAAAGAAAACACAAAGUUUGAGGCGUGCCGUGUAACUCCGUGGUAAGGCACACAGGCUUUGUGAGCCCAAGGCCCUGGGCUCGAUCUCCAGUGCUGUGAAGAUGAGGGAAAGGGUAGAGGAUCAGUGAAUAAGUCUGAUCCUGGUCCUUUGAAAGGAAACAAAAAACAAGCAACAGUCUUGAAGUGGCUUAUUAUUUUCAAUUGCAUCUGAACCAUGUUUCACUCUUUAUGAAUCAGACUUCGUGCAGGCUGGAUGAACCGCUGGUGCAUCCUCCUGGCAAAGAGAAGCAGGCUUGCCCCCAAGAUGCCUGGCCCAAAGUGCCCAAACACUCUGCUUCCAGAAUGGAACUAACUUCUGUCACACAUUGGCUGUUAGGCAGAAUCUAGUUUUUAUUGUGUGCAUGAAGAUUGUACAAAGGUGUGGUUGGUUGUGUGUAAUUGUGCCUUAAAAUGUAUCAGGGUAGGAUUUACACUCUCAUCCUACUGAAUCCCAAAAUACAUAGAAGGAAAAAAAUGAGUUUGUUCUUAUUUUAGGUGUUCAGCCUAGUAGUAAAACUGACCAAAAGCCAUGCACAAAACUACCUCCCCAGAGGAAGGCUGGUCCCUUCCCCUCCCCAUCGUUUCGUCAUGAACAUGGUUCAAGACAGUGUCCUGUCCAAGCUGAGGAAGAGUGCCGACACAUUUGAGUUGAAGUACGACUUUUCGUGUGAGCUGUACCGCCUGUCCACGUACUCCGCUUUCCCCGCUGGAGUUCCUGUCUCGGAACGGAGUCUGGCUCGUGCUGGCUUUUACUACACGGGUGUCAACGACAAGGUCAAGUGCUUCUGCUGUGGCCUGAUGCUGGACAACUGGAAACAAGGGGACAGCCCUGUUGAAAAGCACAGGCAGCUGUACCCCAGCUGCAGCUUCGUCCACACUCUGAAUCCCGCCAACCAUCUGGAAGCCAGCCCCAAGUCCUCUCUUCCGUCUGCAGCGCCGAGCACCAUGCCUUCAUUAGGUGCAAGUUUGGAGAACACUGGCUAUUUCAGUGGCUCCUACUCCAGCUUUCCCUCAGACCCUGUGAACUUCAGAGCAAAUCCAGAUUGCCCUAGUUUGAGGACAAGUCCCUACGACUUUGCAAUGAAUACAGAGAAGGCCAGACUACUCACCUAUCAAACGUGGCCAUUGUCCUUUCUGUCUCCAGCCGACCUGGCCAGAGCCGGCUUCUACUAUGUAGGACCUGGAGACAGGGUGGCCUGCUUUGCCUGUGGCGGGAAACUGAGCAACUGGGAACCGAAGGAUGACGCCAUGUCAGAGCACCGGAGACAUUUCCCCAGCUGCCCAUUCUUAAAAGAUCGGAGUCGGUCAGCUUCGAGAUACACUGUCUCUAACGUGAGCAUGCAGACACAGGAAGCCCGUGUUAGAACGUUCUUUAACUGGCCUUCUGGUGCUCUGGUUCCUCCUCAGCAGCUUGCAAGUGCAGGAUUUUAUUAUACAGGACACAGCGAUGACGUCAAGUGCUUUUGCUGUGAUGGUGGGCUGAGGUGUUGGGAGUCUGGAGACGACCCCUGGGUGGAGCACGCCAAGUGGUUUCCCAGGUGUGAAUUCUUGGUAAGAAUCAAAGGACAAGAGUUUGUUGACCACGUUCAAGCCGGGUACCCUCAUCUACUUGAACAGCUAUUAUCUACGUCAGACACCCCAGAAGAUGAGAACGAAGACUCACCAAUUGUGCAUUUCGGACCUGGCGAAAGUUCAGAAGAUGCGGUCAUGAUGAGCACGCCUGUGGUUAAAGCGGCUUUGGAAAUGGGCUUCAGUAGGAGCCUGGUGAGACAGACGGUUCAGCGUCAGAUCCUGGCCACCGGGGACAAUUACAGGACCGUCAGUGACCUCGUGAUAGGCUUACUUGAUGCAGAAGAUGAGAUACGGGAGGAACAGAAGGAGCAGGCAGCUGAGGAAACAGAGUCAGAUGAUCUAACAUUAAUCCGGAGGAACAAGAUGGUGCUUUUUCAACAUUUGACGAGUGUGACACCAAUCCUGGACUGUCUCCUACGUGCCAGGGCGAUCACUGAACAGGAGUCUGAUGCUGUCAAGCAGAAGCCGCAGACCUUGCAAGCAAGAACACUGAUUGAGACUGUGUUAGCCAAAGGAAACGCUGCAGCAGCCUCAUUCAGAAACUCCCUUCAGGAGAGUGACCCUGAGCUAUACCAAGACUUAUUUGUGCGACAGGACAUUAGGCGUCUUCCCACAGAUGACAUUGCAGCUCUACCCAUGGAAGAACAAUUGCGGAAGCUACAGGAAGAAAGAACAUGUAAAGUGUGUAUGGACAGAGAGGUAUCCAUCGUGUUCAUUCCCUGUGGCCAUCUGGUGGUUUGCAAAGACUGUGCUCCCUCCCUGAGGAAGUGCCCCAUCUGCAGAGGGGCCAUCAAGGGCACAGUGCGAACAUUUCUCUCCUGACCCGGACUGAUGCUCCGACCCCAGCGUGUGGGAGGUGGAGGCAGGAGGACACAAGUUCAGUGUCACCCCCAGCCACAUAGGAACCUUGAGCUAGCCUGGACUGCAUGAGACACCACCUCAAAAUAAAUCAGUAAACACCCGUGAAAAUGAGAACAAGGGUAAAAAAAAAUGUCUGAACUCCAGAGUGAAUGGUCAACUAUAUAAUAAUUUAACUCUUAAACUGAGUGGGUUUCCGUAAAAGUGCUAUUUAUUUCCAACUCACAAGGCUCUUUCCUGUAAACAUCUGAAGCAUAUGUAUGUGCAUGUUCAGAUGCCGAGAGAAAAGUGGGGGUUGCCUGCAUUCCUGAAAUUCUCAGAGAUUUACGAUGUCGGCAUUUAUGGUUUAGAAUUUGAAAGCUUUUCCAGUUGCUUUAAGAACUGGGAACACAGAUUUUCCAUUUCUUUUCUAAAUGUCUUAUGCAUGGAAAAACCUGUUAUUUAUUGAAUGACAUCUUAGAGAUAUAGAGUUUUUAUAAAGAAGUUGUAAGGAAAAAUAAAGCAACAAAAUUACUCGUUA